AAUUCUACAGUGAGCGGCAGCGACCAAAAAUGACCAAACCGCUUCCUCUAGGCCGCAUGCGCAGUUUGAGCGCUGCAAACUCAGCUGUCGUUUUCACUUCUCUUGAGGCUGCUGUUCCCUCUGCCAGCAUGGGCUUAAUCACAGGACUAUUCGCGUUUUUGUAUCACUUACCUCAGAUUUACAAAUGGCUACUGAAGCCGUACUACAUUAUCUCCUUCACUAUGACUGUUGCCUUCUUGCUGGUGAGGAAGACUCCAGGUCUUUGCGAGCACCUGGCGAGCGACAGGGAGGACGGGAACUCCUGCGACUUUGACUGGAGAGAAGUGGAAAUUCUCAUGUUUCUGAGUGCCAUAGUGAUGAUGAAGAACAGAAGAGCCAUCACGCUGGAGCAGCACGUUGGUAACCUGUUUAUGUUCAGUAAAGUGGCCAAUGUGAUCCUCUUCUUCCGACUGGACAUCCGGUUCGGUAUCCUCUACCUUGCUUUAUGUGUCGCUUUUGUAAUGACCUGCAAGCCUCCUCUUUACAUGGGUCCAGAGUACAUCAAAUAUUUCAGCGACAAAACCAUAGACGAGGAACUCCAGAGGGACAGUCGAGUGACCUGGAUUGUCGAGUUUUAUGCAAACUGGUCAUCUGAAUGCCAGUCUUUUGCACCAAUCUUUGCCGAUCUUUCUCUCAAGUACAACUGUGCAGGACUCCGGUUUGGAAAGGUGGACAUCGGUCGAUAUAGCGAUAUCUCAGAAAGGUACAGGGUCAGUACAUCUCCUCUUUCCAAGCAGCUUCCCUCACUGCUGCUUUUUCAAGGAGGUCGAGAAGUUAUGAGACGUCCAAUGGUGGAUAACAAAGGAAGAGCCGUUUCUUGGACCUUUAACGAGGAGAACAUCAUCCGGGAGUUUAACCUCAACGAGCUUUUCCAGAAAUCCAAAAAACUGAACAAAAGUAUGAGUUUGAGAGAGAAGCAAAACAGCGCUCAGCCAGAGGAGGGCAGCGAUGAGCUCCUCGAGAACUCCAAUUCAGAUCAGCCAACAGAGAGCAAGAAAGACCAGUAAAGACGAUUUAUCCCUGCAGAGGCAGCAAGUGGUUUAUGUUUUACUUUUGUCUUUUGUGCUCGAUAAGAUAAAAAUGCACAUUACUAAGUAACGGAAAAAAGAUCUGCAGUUUGAUUAAAAAACAACCCUGCAUCUGAAACAAAUGUUUUGUAGACACAGCAUGCCUUCAUCUGUUAUGUUGUCUACAUUUGCAGUUUACUUUUCUGUCAAAAUGAAAAAUAAAUAAGUGGAAGUUGAAACAAAGAAAUCAUGACAUGUCCUCCUUGAAAAGUUUGACCUUUUAUUUCUAGAAGACAUUUUCUUAAAAAUUCUUUGUAAGGCCAUUUUGGAAAUGUUUUUAAUGUACUUGUUACAGAUAUUUGUGAAUCUAGUUCCAUUCAUCACAGCUCACAACAGCAGUAUUUUUAUUUUUCACUUUUAAGUGUACUGUUAACACGCACACAUAUUUCAGAUUGUUCAGUGGCUACAAUCCUUGGCUGGAGCAGAAAAACAACCUUUUUAAUCUCUCCAUGGCAGACGCUUUGGCCAUGAAAAGUUGUUUCCUUUUGCAACCCACAACUAAACUGGGUAGGGAUUGACAGCAACAUUUCUAAUUUAAAUAAAAAAAUGCCCAUAACAAAACAUGCAUACCAAAGACAAAGCUUGGUCAGUUAAAAAUCUGCAAAAGUUGUUUAGGUCAACAAUGUGCUUACAGCAUCUACUCUCUCCGCUCUAAAGAUGUGUCAUAUUCAUUGCUGCUGCAAUGAAUGAUGGGGGAAAAAAUGAAAUAAAUAAUACCUAAAUAUUGUCUGAUUAAUUCUUAUGAUGAACAUCUCUAAAUGAACAAAACAAAUUGACAAGUAAAAUCUAUUCUGCUUGACUUUUUUUCCAGCAAAUGUUGAAAAAAAAAUGUGAAUAAAAAAAUUAAAUAGAAACAAACUCAAGGCAUCACCCAAUAAACACAGAAUCAAACCAAAUACUAGUCCCUCAAUUUAUUUGAUGUUGCUCAUAAACUUUCAUUAAAAUAUUCAGAUUUAGUCUUUUUGUCUUCAUUAACAGACUUAAAAAAAAAAAAAA